UGUCUAGCACGUGCAGACAAUGCACUAUCAUCAAUACAAGCCAAACAUCCGAACGCUGAAAGUUUUGCGCUUUUGGAUUAUAACGACAAAACGGGAUCACGCCUCAAUGGACUUUCACACGUUUUAGAUAAAACUCUUCGAGGAUAACUUCCUGAUAUAGAGCAGCAGUUCUGUUACACAGCAGAGACGAGAUGUAGGGAUUUUGGCUUUGUUCCAGUGCCUUUUAAAGAACAUUCUCAGGAUCUGAAGUGCCCUCUAACUUCCUGUCUCACUUAGACACUUAGGUCAGAAACAUAUUUAACACAGUGACGCAACUACAGAUGUGAUUGAAGCGCUCUCUCCACCUUCAAUACCACGACUGAGGUUCUUGUGUGGGAGCUGAGGCCUUUCCCAGACACAACAGAAACCAGAGGCUGUGGUUGAUUUCAUGACUUCCUCCUCAUUGUUUGCCUGUCUGUGUGACUGGAAACCGGCAGUGACAGACAGAUGACUCUGGUCGCUCUUAAACCGGGCUUGUGGAGAAACUGGACCUGGCUCCCCUUUAGAAGUAGUGACUAACCAAGGCCGACGGCAGCGCACCAUGCUUUUCCCACACUUCUGAGGCAACGUAACCUGUCAUGCUGACCUUGUUGCUUAACUCUGCUUUUAGCUUGAUGUCCACAUUAUCCCAGCACACUGGUGCCAAGUUGCUGAAGUGGUUUACACACAAUCCUGCACCCAGUGAUCAUUUUGGAGUUCAGCGGCAAAGAGCAUCAAGGAAGCAUUACCACAUCACUCACAGUUCAGCUCUCCGGCGUUGCCCUGACCUCCUGAACCUUGACUUUACCUGACCUCUCUUCAGUCUCUCAGUUUAACCAGCUCAGCGUCUCUCAGUAUCAGAUCUAGAGAGAGAGAGAGAGGGGAGCGAUCGAGGAGACGCAUCAGGAUACCAGCCUGCCUGGAGCUGCACCCAAACAUCAAGGGAGUCUGGUACACCAGCAUUCCAUGAUGGUCAACCAGUACACCAGCAUCUUAUGAUGGUCAACCAGUACACCAGCAUCCCGUGAUGGUCAACCAGUACACCAGCAUCCCGUGAUGAUUAACCAGCAUCCUGUGAUGGUCAGCCAGAGCAUCAGCAUCCCGUGAUGAUCAACCAGUACAUCAGCAUCCCGUGAUGGUCAACCAGUACACCAACACCCCGUGAUGAUCAACCAGUACAUCAGCAUCCCGUGAUGGUCAACCAGUACACCAGCAUCCCGUGAUGAUCAACCAGUACAUCAGCAUCCCGUGAUGGUCAACCAGUACACCAACACCCCGUGAUGAUUAACCAGUAUAUCAGCGCCCCGUAAUGGUCAACCAGUACACCAGCAUCCUGUGAUGGUCAACCAUUACCCCAGUAUCCCAUGAUGGUCAACCAGUACACUAGCAUCUUGUGAUGCUGAAAAAGGCGAGCAGGGAUAUCAAGUGUGAAGAAGACUUUAAGACUCAGGGAGCAGCUGAUAAUAAUUCUCUAUGCUUCUCACAUCACCUUACAUGGGUGAGACACUGGGCCAUACUCGGCUCCAGUAGACACUCUGACACGAAGGAUGCUAAGACUAAUGGAAAAAGGUCUGAGAGAUGGCCUCUUGCUCUGAGUUUUGUGGGUCCGGUCACACUGUCAACUCCGGCUGUCAUGUCUUCGGAGUGCGCUCCUAUUUACACCACUUCUAUGAAGAGUGCACAGCCUCAAUGAGGGAGCAGCAGGAGGACGUUCAGAGCCAGAGAUCACCGCUGCGGUGGAGCUCAAGCUUCUGGAAGGUCUCACUUGCUGUUGGAGUCGUGCUCCUGUCAGUGGGGCUGGUGGUCAUGACAGUGGGCUAUUCCAUUCCCACUCGCAUUGAGGCUUUCGGUGAGGGUGAACUGCUGUUCGUGGACCGGCAGGCCAUGCGUCACAAUCGCUCACUUCACAUAUGCGUGCUGGUCGGGACGGGGCUUCUUACUCUGGGUGGGGUUCUGAUGGCAGGUGGAAUCCUGAUGUCUAACUUCUCCACAACUCCCAUAAAACAGGAAGACUCGAGAGGAGAACGCAAGGGGAAAACCAGAGUCCCAAGUGCAGUGAGAAGCCCAGCAGACCCUGUAAUGAAGCCUCCCAGCCCGGUCUCUAGUGACGGAGGAGUAUCUCCUCUCGCUAGGGACGAUAAAGUUCAGCAGUGCUCGUAAAAGAGCUGUGUGACUAUGCCUGUUCAAGAGUGCUGUUGAAGCAGUCAACAAAAGCUCCUUGUUUAUUUCAAUGAGAAAUUUGGGAGUGUCUUAUUUGUGUUUUACAAUUAUGAGCUAAGAGAAUUAAAUUGGCAAGUACCUGUGCCAUCUGUUGUCCAAUACUUGUAUAAUUAUCGUCAAAAUCAUUUUUGUAUUUUUGUAUAUUACAGUAUUGAUCUAACGAAGAGCCACUAAGUGGUUGCAAGGCAGCAAAUAAAAAGGUCUGAAUAUUUCUCGAAAAUAUGAAGCACCACAACUGUUUUCAACACAGAUAAUAAUGUUGUUGUUUUUUUGUUGUUUUUUUUGAGACGCAAAUCAGCAUAUUAAAAUAAUUUCUGAAGGAUCAAGUGAAACUGAGGACUGGAGUAAUGAUGCUAAAAAUUUAGCUUUGCAUCACAGGAAUAAAUUACAUUUUAAAGUAUAUUAAAGUAUAAAACUUUAAAUUUAGAAACAAAAUUAGAAUUUAAAAUUGUAAUAUGUCACAGUAGAACAGUUUUUACUGAAUUUUUGAUUAGUAUAUAUAUUUGUGACCAUAAAACAACAACAACAAAAAUCUUACCAAACCGUUAAAUGGUAGUGUACGUAUAUAAAAUAUAAUAUAUUAAAAAUCACAAAUAGAUAAUUAUAUUUAAAGCAUCUUCUGUACCCAGUAUGUAUCUUUAAAGUGUAAAGAUGGUUCAAGAAAGAAAAGACCAAUCACAAUUUAGGAUACAAAUAUGCAAAUACAAAACCAAUUGGAAUUCAGAAUGUCAUCACUGUUGGAAUCUGAAUGCUGAAGGUUCUAAACACAAGUUUGAAUGGAAUCUGAUGUUACAUUGUUCAGGUUGACUUAAUUCAGGAUAAGGUUUAGAAUUCAGCUUAUUAGAUUUGAACAAACCCUCUCCAGAACGUUUGAGCAAUAUCAAUACAGAGCUGCCUUGCAAACACUGUAGAAAUGCCAGCUGUCACAAUAACAUGCACAAACCCUACUCUCGCUGUCUCUAUUUCUGGAUCCCUGAUAUCUUUUCUAUCAGAUGUUCUGCUCGUAUGCAUAACAUAUCAGGUAAUAGUGUUGUUCUCAAUGAAUCGUUACCCUUUACUCUUUCAUGAGCUGCAGUCGUGUGAAAGACUAAGUGGGAUUUAAUGUACACAACUAGUCUAAUCUUCUGUCUAGUCUUAUUGUCUCAUUAUGUUAAUGUAUAUACUGUAAAUGCUCCUCUCUAAACAAGCCCAAUAAAUCAAUG